ACAGCUUCCACCGACUUGCCUGUAGAGGAUCGGAAUGGUCUACCAAUUGUGCAAUUAUAAGGAGCUCCCCUGAUCCGUUCUCAAGUCAUUGUUCUCGAGCCGGCUACACACCUCCCUUGCCGUCGACUUGAAGACCCAGUUUGACUUCUUGUGCUCCUCGUCUUCCUCCUCCUCCUGAUCAGAAUGUAUCGUGGUGCAAGUCUCAUUCAAUAUCUGGCAGCGCUGCCAGCUCUAAGCGCCGUUGUCUCAGCAGGACAUGUGAAGCUGGACUUCCAAAGGAGAGCAACAUCCAGAUCGAUCGAGCGGAGAGCUGUCAAUGCUCAUGAGGUGCCUAUCAUCCAGGCGGAACAAGCAUCGCUUUACGAAAUCAGCCUGAGCAUUGGCACUCCCCCUCAGGAUUUCCAACUCCAGCUUGAUACUGGCAGCAGUGACCUUUGGGUGCCGUCCGUCAAUGCUGAAGCUUGCCUGACGCAAGAUGGUGGCUGCCCCGGUGGCGCUUUUGAUGCCAACGCGUCGAGCACCUUCCACGUCGUAUCAGAAGAUUUUAAAAUUGGCUAUGGAGACCGAACCGCAGAUUUCGGAGACUAUUUUACAGACGUCGUCAAACUCGGCGACGCAACCGUCCAGAAUUUCACCAUGGCCCUGACGUUGAGGACCGUGAACGGGCCACAACUCAACAAUUCCGGCCAAGGUAUCCUCGGCGUGUCCUACCGGACCAACGAGGCCGCUGUCAUGUAUGGAGGAGGAGAGGGUACUCCGACGAUAUAUGAAGAGAUGGUCGACCAAGGCCUUAUCGAGAGGUCAGCCUACAGUCUGUACCUGGACGACACCGAGAUUGGAAAGGGAUCGAUCCUGUUCGGCGGAGUUGACCCGAGCAAGUACAAGGGAGAUCUGACUGUCCUGCCACUUCAGCCGUUCAACGGAACCAUCAACGCAUUCUGGGUGGCACUUACCGAUGUGUCCAUCGACGACGAGGCAGGUGUCCGAUCAUUGACAGGCAAGGCUUUCCAAGGCGCAAACGCCCUGCUCGAUAGUGGCACGACAAUGGCGAGGAUCCCCAACGUCGCUUUCAAUAACCUGGUCCAGGGUCUUGGUGGAGUCGUCGAGGAUGGGAACACCAUUGUCCCCUGCUCUCUCGCGGACACCAACACCACUACUGUCUCGUUCCAGUUUGGAGGCGCCGAUGGUGUCUCGAUGGCCGUGCCGGUGUCCGCCAUGAUCGACACGCUCACAAAGUUCGAUACUGGUGACGGCCAACCCGAGGGCUGCGUGCUACUCGUAGGCCCAUCUUUGGACGGCCUGACCAUCCUCGGCGACGCGUUCCUGCGGUCCUUCUACGUCGUCUACGAUGUCGCCAACAACCAGGUCGCCAUCGCCACUGCUGCUCUGAAUGCCACCGCGACAGGUGAUAUCACUGCCAUCCCCACGGGCACUAGCAUCCCCGGUGCCAGCAGCACUGCGACACUGAUGCUUGUGACAGCUUCCUCGGGCGCAGAUACUACCACGUCGACCGUCCCCCCGAUCACGUCAUACGAUGGCUGGGGCUCGCCAACGUUCAGUCUCGCGGCAUCAACCGCGGGCGCAUCGGGUUCUUCGACGGGAUCUGGUGCCGCGGCUUCCAGCACCUCGCAGUCAUCUGCUAAUAUUGUUCGCGGUGCAUCGGGUCUAGGAUGUCCGCUUGCCUUGUUCGUGGCGAUCACUGCGAUCUUUACCUUCUAACACAUUUUUUCUUUAAGAUCUCUUUAGAGUUGUGGAGCGCUAUGUAUUGAAUAAGAUUCAAUUCGUGUCAGAUCAGAUCCAGAACUGAAAAUAUUUUGGCCCCGGUCGAGUCGGAUAUCCUCAUCAGGCGUUCGUGAAAGCUUGUGAUAUUGCCACAGGCGUGAUUUCGGC